AAUGUUUUUUAAAUGCUCUUUGCAUAUUUUAAUCCUUUCAUUUAUCAGUCAAUUAUUCAAGUUAUUUGCAACUUGUACCAGAAAUUCUAUUUUUAAAAAUAAUUAUUUUUAAUAUUUUUAAUAUUAAUUGCACCUGUUGAUAUUUAAUGUGACCAUAUGAUUUACUACAUUUGCGCUAUUCAUAUCUUCAUUUGUUAAUCAUAAUUGACGAUAAAUCGAUUUAUAAUUAGACAUGUUUAAGUACUGUCAAAUAACAGGACAGAAAUUGGAGAAAGGCAAAAGGGUUUAACUAGAUGUUAAUGAGUAAUUCCACCCAGCCUAUCCAAUGCAGUCCGAUGAUACCGAUGUCGAAGAACAGAGGAUUCCGCAGCUCAUUCCAGGCCCUCCGCAGCUACCGCCAUUAAUCAGAGGCCAAAAGCUAAAGAGUGGACCGUACACCAUCACGGUAACUGAUGAGAUGGUAGCACACCGAGAAAGAGAGAAUUUGGAAUUAUAUAGAGCCUGGGUACGAGAGCAACGCAGAAGGAAUAUGCUGCCACAGGAAAAUGCCAACGAUUACAUAGGCGACUUCAAGGACAUUCUUGUGAGGAGAAGCUUUGUCCGCAAAGUUUUCUGCAUUCUCACACUGCAGUUGAUGUUCACUUUCUUCGUUAUAUCCAUCUUUAUGUUCGUUGAUGAAGCGCAAAAGUUUAUGAUAAUACACUGGUACCUGUGGAUUGUUGCCAUAGUGUUUUUCAUAGUCGCUUAUUGCGCUAUAGCUUGUUCGGUACAUGCCAGGCGAACUCCUCCAUAUAAUUAUAUCUGUCUGAUCUUGCUGACACUGGCAAUGUCAUACUUGGCCGCUUUCAUCUCUGUGCUUUAUAGCAUCGAAGUGAUUCUCAUAGUCAUGGGAAUGACCGCCAUCGUCACGACGAUCAUAGCUCUUGUUGCAACAUUCUCCAGGUUUGAUUUAACGAUGAGGCCGGGCUUGGUGAUGGUGGUUGGGCUUGUUGCGAUCGUCUCUAUUUUUGUGGUGCUAAUAGUCUUGUUGUUUACUCAUAUAAUGGUUUUACGUCUGGUAAUUGCUAUCAUUGGAACGCUCCUGCUCUGCAUGUAUUUGUACUUCGACGUGCAAACGAUUAUGGGUGGACGCAGAAUAGAAUUGAAUCCCGAUGAGGUCGUUUUCGCAGCUACGCAGAUUUAUGUUGAUAUUAUCCUGCUGUAUCAGUACUUAUUGAUAUUCGUGGGAUUCUUUCAGCGAUGAAAAAA